AUGGCCCCAACAAAUCUCCUCACUGGCAAGACUGCCAUCAUCACAGGUGGCACCACAGGUAUCGGCCGGGCCAUUUGCCUCGAAUAUCUCAAACAAGGAGCCAACGUUGUCGUGAACCACUUGGGCCUUGAGAAGGACCAGCCUCACCUCGACUCUCUUGAAGCCGAGGCUGCUUCCAUCAAGAACGCAAACUCUAACGCCGGUCGCCUUGCCCAUCAGGUCGGCGACGUUCGUGAGCCCGAAACCGCUGCUAAGCUGGUAGCCCUCGCUGUCGAGCACUCGGGCAAUGGUCGCCUCGACAUCUGCGUCUCCAACGCCGGUAUUUGCACAUUUGCCGAGUUCCUGGAGUUGACUCCGGACCUCUUUACUAAGACAGUCCGUACCAACCUCGACGGCGCUUUCUACGUAGUCCAGGCAGCCGCUCGCCAUAUGAGCCAGCAGUCACCUCCAGGAGGUAGCAUCAUCGGCAUCUCCUCCAUUUCCGCGCUCGUCGGCGGUGGCUUGCAAACACACUACACACCCACUAAGGCCGGGGUCCUGAGCUUGAUGCAGAGCACUGCUGUUGCUUUGGGCAAGUACAAGAUUCGUUGCAACGCCCUCCUCCCUGGCACCAUCAAAACACAACUUAACGACGAGGACCUGGCCGAUGACGCCAAGCGUACCUAUAUGGAGAGCCGUAUCCCCCUGGGCCGUACGGGUGUGCCGUCUGACCUCGCCGGCCCGGCUGUUUUCUUGGCCUGUGAAGAGCUCAGCGGUUAUGUUACUGGUGCACAGCUGCUAGUCGACGGAGGCCUCUUUGUCAACCUUCAAUAA